CAGGUAGUUGAGCGACCACGCCCAACACUUUCGCUGAAAACAUCGACUUCCAUGCACGGCCGCCUCUCGAACAGUCAUAGCAGAGAACGCCCUAUAAAAGAUAGCAGGUAAAGACCUACAACAUGCAGGACUGACCACUCGUUUCAACUGCCUUUGCUCCGAGCAAGGUAUGUCGCUACCACUCUCACCUUUCGCACCGUCUUCCUCCCUUCCAGGAGCGGGAGAGAUUAUCCUGGUCCUGCUGCCUCCCGGUAGACAAGUCCUACAGACCUUCAAGUACCAAUAUCCUCUGAAGCUCAUUGCUCCCAAGCCUCACAGCUCCAGCGAUGACAAGCACGUGACGAUCGCUUUUCUUCUUACUUAUGGCGGAGGACUCGUCGGAGGAGACCAGAUCAACCUGAAAAUCGAGCUGUAUGAUUCUACUCGGCUUGCUUUGCUCACUCAGGGUAGUACCAAGCUCUUUAAAGCUCCAGAGAGAUCGGUGGUGAGCAAACAGAACCUGGACGUCAAGAUCGGAGCUCAAGCAGCUCUGUGCUAUCUACCCGACCCGACACAGCCAUUUGCGGAGAGCGUGUAUGAGCAAAGGCAGACCUUCUACGUUGAGCCCGGUGGCACCAGCAGCUUGCUCAUGCUAGAUUGGGUAAGCGAAGGUCGACGAGCUCUUGGAGAAAGCUGGACUCUCUGGAGUUGGAAAGGCCGAAAUGAGGUCAGGGAAUCUGAUGAGCGAUGUAGAGGACGACUGCUGUUGCGUGAUGCGGUUAUGCUUCAAGAAGAUGAUCUUGGUGGCACCGGCCUCAUUGACAAGUCCAACAAUAUGGGUAUCUUCGGCACGCUAAUUGUAUAUGGUCCGCUCUUUAGAGACCUCGCAGAGUUUCUCAUCAACGAGUUUACAAGCCAGCCUCGGAUUGGAGCCAAAAAUUGGACUAAUGACGCCACGAUACAUGCCGAGCGAGGAAAGCACGCAGAAGGUCUCCUUUGGACAGCAGCAAAGGUUCGAGGUUUCGUCCUGGUGAAAUUCGGAGCCGAGGAUCUUGACAGAGCAAGGCACUGGCUCGGAGGGCUUCUCAGACAGGAAGGCACGGUUGAGAAGCUCUUUGGUCAUCAAGCACUCAUGUGUCUUAGGUGAGACUCUGUCUUCCAAUAUGAUCCAACACCGUCUAUCCUGUUUUGAAGAGACGAUUGCCAAUGUCUCCCACGCCAGGCUUGAUCAUGCCUUUGUCAGUCAGACCCUCGUCCAAGCCACCAAUCCAUACUUCGGUGCCUUCCGGCCACUCUUCUGCCGCUCUUGUCACACCAGGGUAUGCACCCAACACGCUCAACACUAUAAUCUUCUCGACACCCCAUUCUUUGAGUGAUUGAAUAGCAGCAAUGCAUGUCUGUCCGGUCGCGAUGAUGGGAUCCACGACUAUGGCCAAUUUCGCAACAUUGGCUUGUGACUGUGGCAGAUUGUUAUAAUACUCGACAGGUUGCAACGUCAGCUUUUCACGAAAGAGACCAAGGUGGUGUACCGUCACAGCUUCAGGAAGAAUGCUUUGCACGGCUAUACAUGUCAGUCGCAGGGAAAUCCGCUGGCAUGGAACAGCUUACCUUCAACCAUUCCAAGUCCGCUUCGAAGAAUGGGCACAAGGGUGAUCUUGCUGCAGUCUACGGCCUCGAAGCUAUACUCGAACCCGAUGGGUGUCUCGUCCUGCAUCACUCAAUGGUCAGCCUGGGAUCGCAAUCAGCAAGGUUAUCGAGGAGUUGUAAACUAACUGACCUUCCCAGCUUCUUCAACCUCAAGAUUGGAAAGCGCAUCGACACCCAACAGCAGUGCUAUCUCGUGGACGAGGGUUUUGGUUUCACGAGCAUUGGUGGACUUGGAACGCAGCUGUGACAGCUUUGCGCGGAGACAAGGGUGUUUGGAGACGCGGACAUUGGGAGGAAGAUGCGGCGCCAUGAUAGCGGGAAGACUGUUGCAUAGGAGUAGCAAUGAAAGACCAGAAAUAAGGAAGAUAGAUCAGAAGGAGUUUCAACACUUAAGGAUUGAAC